AGCAGCAGAGGCGGCGGCGGCAGCAGCAGCGGUGGGAAGAUGUCGGCAGAGGACGAGCAGCAGGAACAGACGAUCGCCGAGGACCUGGUGGUGACCAAGUACAAGAUGGGGGGCGACAUCGCCAACCGAGUCCUGAGGGUAGUAGUAGAAGCAUCAACCUCGGGUGCAUCUGUGCUGGGUCUGUGUGAGAAGGGAGAUGCCAUGAUCAUGGAGGAGACAGGAAAGAUCUUCAAGAAGGAAAAGGAGAUGAAAAAAGGUAUUGCCUUCCCUACAAGCAUCUCGGUAAAUAACUGUGUCUGUCACUUCUUCCCCUUGAAGAGUGACCAGGACUACAUCCUCAAGGAGGGUGACUUAGUAAAAAUUGACCUGGGAGUCCAUGUGGAUAGUUUCAUUGCAAAUGUGGCCCACAGUUUGGUGGUUGAUGCAUCUAAGGGCACCCCAGUGACAGGGAGAAAAGCAGAUGUGAUUAAGGCAGCUCAUCUGUGUGCUGAGGCAGCUCUGCAUCUGGUCAAGCCUGGAAACCAGAACACACAAGUUACAGAUGCCUGGAAUAAAGUUGCCCAUUCAUUUAACUGCACACCAAUAGAAGGUAUGUUGUCUCACCAAUUGAAGCAACAUGUCAUCGAUGGAGAAAAAACCAUUAUUCAAAACCCCACAGACCAGCAGAAGAAGGACCAUGAAAAAGCUGAGUUUGAAGUCCACGAAGUUUGUGCUGUGGAUGUUCUUGUGAGCUUAGGAGAGGGCAAGACCAAGGAUGCAGGACAGAGAACUACCAUCUACAAACGAGAUCCUUCAAAACAGUAUGGUCUGAAAAUGAAAACUUCCCGUGCCUUUUUUAGCGAGGUGGAGAGGUGAUUCGAUGUCAUGCCAUUCACUCUCAGGGCAUUUGAGGAUGAAAAGAAAGCCCACAUGGGUGUGGUGGAAUGCGCUAAACAUGAGCUACUACAACCAUUCAGUGUUCUGUAUGAGAAGGAAGGUGAAUUUGUUGCCCAGUUCAAAUUCACAGUACUGCUCAUGCCCAAUGGUCCCAUGCGGAUAACCAGUGGUCCCUUUGAGCCUGAGCUGUACAAGUCUGAACUAGAAGUCCAGGAUGAAGAGCUAAAGGCACUCCUUCAGAGUUCAGCCAGUCGGAAGACCCAGAAAAAGAAAAAAAAGAAGGCCUCCAAGACUGCAGAGAAUGCCACCACUGGGGAAACAGCAGAAGAGAAUGAAGCCGGGGACUGAGAUGGUUUCCAUCUCCCUAGCCCAGUACUCCUCCCUCUUUCCCCUCCUACUACACCCUGGGCUCCAAAAAGAGCGGUUCAUCUUUUCCACCCAGGACCGCUGGCAGAGCGGGGAACCUCUCUCCCCUCAUCCCAAUUCCUACAACCAACCCUACUUCCAAUGACUACCAGCUCCGACUGACUCUGGCCUUGGGAGGCUAGGGCUCCUGGCCAUCACAGACUACUUUAAACAGAAAAAAGAAAUUGAAUAAUAAAAUCAGGAGUCAAAAAAAAA